AUGACCAGUAUCGGGUUCCCGAUACCGACUGCAGCGAAUGGAAGGACACUCGUUGGCGGUCGGUUUGCGUUGGACGCUCAACAAGCAUCACUGGUUCUUAUGGAGGGUGAAAUCCUUGCCAAUCGCUGGGCACUUUUCUAUCUCAAUCAGCCAUCGUUAAUUUUUUCGAAUAUUGCGCAAUACAUGUUCGUUGAUGAAAAACAAACAGUUGGAAUUGAUUUAACCGAAAAACUAUUGCUAAAGCUUACGGGAAUGACGAAAGAAAAUAAAGCACACGAUUUUAACCGAACCACAGUCGUGUGCAAAGUAGAGCGUGAAAAAGGGCAUCGUUGGCCAAAAGACAGCUCAGUGCGAGAAUGCCUUGCGCAGCGCAUUGAUGAGCCGUUGGUUCAGCUUUUCUCACCAUCACAGGAAUCCACCAAAACAACAGUGCUCGAAUUGUUUGAGUAA